AUGACACCAGCCGUCUCUAGCUGGCAGCCCCAAGACCAGAGCUUACACGAUCUACUCAUUCUACUGCGGGAUGCAUUUCGUUCCGACAAUCGAGAUCAGCUCAUGCUGCAGCAGCGCCUGGCAUCGUUUAACCGAAUUCCAGAAUACAACUCGUACCUUGCACACAUCCUUACUCGUAUGCCACAACAGGAAGCGUACACACGGGCCAUCGCGGGGCUUACGCUCAAGAACAAUAUCCGCUCGGUAUUCAAUGAUAUUCCGCUGCCUGUUCUUGAUCAUGUCAAAGCAUGUUGCAUGGAAACGCUUCACAACCCAGAUCCUGAUAUCAGCGUACGAAGGACUGUUGCCUCUGUCAUCACUGCCAUUGUCACAAGAGCUCAUCCACAUAAUUGCAACGACAUUUUCAACCACUUGUUGGAGGUCCUUACCAAUACUACUGAUAAUCCAAUCGCAAUCGAGAUGGGAUUGGAUACACUUGCCAAGAUAUGUGAAGAUGCACCACAAGAAAUGGGAACGCAUGACAUGCUUGAUCAAAUGAUCCCAAGAGUUAUCCAUUUCGUUCGCCAUGCCAACGAUCCAAAAUUGAGGGUACUAGCAAUGACUGCCACCAACCAAUUCAUCGUCACCACGCCACCAGCACCAGCUCUUGUACGUCAUAUGGAUGAAUACCUUUCAGCACUUUUUGCCUUGGCUACCACCAAAAACACCAAUGAUGAUACACGCCAACAGAUUUGCCACGCUCUUGUCAGCAUGCUGGAAUCAUGUCCUGAGCGAUUACAAUCGUGCAUAUCAAGUGUGAUUGAAUACAUGGUGUAUUGUACGCGCGAUGAUAAUGAGACCAUUGCAUUGGAGGCCUGUGACUUUUGGAUGGAGUAUUGUAACCUUGUACGGUUGCGUGGACAACUGUUGCCUCAUAUGGAUAACGUGGUUGCUGCACUCUUGAGUCGGAUGGUGUAUUCCGAAGCCGAUUUGUUAAUGAUGGAAGAUGACGACGUUGAUGCUACCACUCCAGCCAAUCAGCAGCUUAUCGACCCAUCCACUGUACCACCACCUCCUCCUCACAUGGCACAAGAUGACAGCAAUAGUGCAACUGACAGUGCAGAUGAAAACGCCAUCGAUCACCAUGAUGAGGACCAAGAUGAUGGAGACUUGGAGGAUGAUGAAUUCUAUUCCGAAUGGACUUUACGCAAAUGCAGCGCUGCUUCUCUUGACAUGCUAUCCACCACCUAUGGUCCACCCGUGGUAUCGGCACUGCUUCCACAUCUCAAUGGCCGCUUGACAAGUGAUGAUUGGAAAGAACGUGAAGGUGGCAUUUUGGCGUUAGGCGCUGUAGCUGAAGGUGGUAUGCAACAUUUGGCACCCCAUUUACCUGAAAUGAUUCCUUAUCUUAUCCAAUGUUUGGAGGAUCCAAAGCCUCUGGUCCGAUCCAUCACGUGUUGGGCGCUCGGCAGGUUUUCAGUGUGGUUUGUGGAGCAAGCUGCAACACCAGAAGGACGGCGUUCAUUCUUUGAACCUUUGCUAUUCAAUUUGUUACGGCGCAUCCUCGAUCGUAAUAAGCGUGUUCAAGAAGCAGCAUGUUCAGCUCUUUCCACUCUCGAAGAAGAAGCCUCUAUGGAGUUGGUGCCUUAUCUGGAGCCCAUCCUUGUCAAUCUCACAACAGCCUUCCACACGUAUCAACACAAGAACUUGUUGAUUCUGUACGACGCUCUCGGAACAUUGGCAGAAUCCGUUGGAGCAGCUCUCAAGGAACCCAAAUGCCUCUUUAUCAUGUUGCCACCCUUGAUUGAAAAGUGGAAUAGGCUUUCUGAUCAUGAUGCUGCACUUUUUCCUUUGCUUGAGUGUCUUUCUUCCGUUACCACGGCACUCGGAACUGAUUUUGCGCCCUACGCUGAGCCCGUGUUUACCCGGUGUGUCAAGCUUGUAGCCACCACCCUUCAACAAGUCUUUUUAUCUGAUCAAAAUCCUGAUGAAUAUGAUCCACCUGAUGUCGAUUGUAUUGUGGUGGCUCUUGGCUUGCUAUCAGGCCUUGUUCAAGGUCUUGGCCAUUUGGUGGAGCCUUUGAUUGCCAACUCGAAUCCCCCAUUACUAUCCUUACUAGCCGUAUGCGUACAUGAUCCAGUGUCCGAAGUGCUGCAAGCAACAAAUGCAUUGAUUGGUGAUUUGGCCAUGGCGUGCUUUGACAAGCUUCGAGCCUUUCUUCCUCCCAUUUUGCCAGAGCUCAUCAAUCAAAUCAGUGCUGAUGCCGAAUUUUCAGCUGCAUCGAUUAAUGCAGUAUGGGCUAUUGGCGAAAUUGCGUUAAGAUGGGACCCUGCCGACAUGCAACCCUUUGUGGAACCUAUCCUCCAUAAGCUUUUGCCACUGUUUAUUCAUCCAGAGAUCCCUGAAGCAUUACGAGAAAACAUUAGCAUCACUCUUGGUCGUCUUGGUUACGGUUGCCCGGAAAUGAUAGCACCCUAUUUGGCUCAAUUUCUUGAUCCUUGGUUACAUACAUCAUUGGCAUUGCGUGAAGAUACGGAAAAGGAUACGGCCUUCCAAGGCUUAUGCAAAAUGGUCAAAAUGUACCCACAAAUUUUGGCAGCUGAACAAUUCUUUUUCUUGUUGCGAGUAAUUGGCGGUUGGCAGAGACCAUCCCAGCAUUUGGAGCAAUCAUUCCGAGAGAUCCUGGAAGGAUACAAGAGCAUGCUUCCCAAAGAACAAUGGCAGCAAGUUUGGAACAAUCUUCCUCAAGAACCUCAAAGGUCGUUGUCCCAACGAUACAAUUUGAUGUUGUAG